AUGAACGACCACCCAGCCGAAGACGCCACCAGGCUCAGACAGCUGCUCCGCAAACUGCUCCAGGCCCUGCCCCUCGCCAGCGAACACCUCCACGCCUUCUACGGGCCCAUCCGCAUCCCCACCAUCGUCCAUGUCUGUGCCCAGCGCCUGCUCUGCAGCCAGGGACUCGCCACCCAGGGCAUCUUCAGGAUCAACGGAAACCUCAAGCGCAUCAACCAACUCGAACGACUCUUCGCCGACCCCGCCCUCCUCUACGGGAAACUCUUCAACAUCGCCCUCCCCUACUUCAGCCUCCACGAUGUCGCCGGCGUCCUGCGCAGGUAUCUGUGGGCCCUGCCAGUUGAGCCUCUCUGCCAUGCCCAUCCUGCCACUCUCCUCGAACUGACCACCCUGCUUAAAAAGGAGCCGUUAGUCCCCCACCAAGCAACGAUGGAGAUGGUCAUCAUCUACCGGCGAUACACCAGCCAACAGGGCCCCUCGACGGGCGCGAAAGCCGGCCGGAGCAGCACCAUCGCCGGCGCCGGAGUGGUCGAAGAGCUCGAGGGCGUGCUGCGGCGCCAGAUGGACAGGCGGGCACGCGACCUGCUCCACUACCUGCUCGAGCUCCUCGCACGCUUCUCGCUCCAUGCGCCCGACAACCUCAUGACCCCCAAGAACCUCGCCAUCGACUAUCUCGCUCGCAUCGACCGCGUCCAGGAAGUCCUCCGCAUCCUCAUCGACCAUUUCGCACUCCUCUCCACCCUCUUCAUCCCCCCGCCCCCACACCAUCUCUCAGCCUCCCCCUCCCCCUCCCCCUCCUCCUCCUCUACCACCUCCUCCCCACGCCUGCCCACGAUCCACGACGACUACCGGCUGCUCCUCCUCCACCCCGACCACGCCUCCCCCUCAACCCCGCCCCACCUGCGCCCCCAGUCCACACUCUCCAUCCCCACCCCUCCCUUCAUCCACUCCUCACAAUCUACGCUCAUCCUCAACCCCACCAGCCAUCUCCCAGCCACCACUCAUCAUCCCCACCAUCAUCUCGACCUCUUUAAUUCCUUCUCCUUCAUCCAUUCGCUCGACGACGGCGGCUAA